AUGUCUUACCAACAGGAGCUGUUGGUGGCCCAGCUGGCGGUGCAGAGAGCCGCCAUUUUGACCCAGAAGGUAUUCUACGAGAAGACCAAAGGAACUCUUUCAAAAGAUGAUUUUUCCCCUGUGACGAAAGGAGAUUUUGGCGCCCAGGCCUUGAUCAUCCAAGCCAUUCGCGCGAACUUCCCCCAGGAUGAAGUCGUGGGAGAGGAAGAUGCGGACUCGCUCCGGGAGAACGACGCCUUGAGAAAUGAGAUGUGGAAUCUCGUCAAGGACAUCAAACUCACCGAUGCUGAAAGCGACAAAGUUAUCGGCGGACCCUUUAAGAAUGAGACCGAGAUGCUUGACGCCCUUGACGGCGGCAAGAGCCCUGGUGGCCCCAAAGGCAGAAUAUGGGCAUUGGACCCCAUCGAUGGCACCAAGGGCUUCCUCCGAGGUGGUCAGUAUGCUGUCUGCCUUGGUCUCAUAGAGGAUGGCGACGUCAAAGUUGGCGUUAUCGGAUGUCCCAACCUUCCACUCGAUGACUCUGCACCCCUUUCCGCUGAGAUUGGACAGUCCGGCGCCGCUGGCACGGAGACCGGAGUUCUCUUCUCUGCUGUGAAGGGACAAGGUGCCACGAGUCGCCCGCUUUCGGACGGUGCAGUGCGAGAGGGCAAAGCAAUUUCGAUGAGGCCGGUUACGGAUAUUACAAAGGCUUGCUUCUGCGAGGGAGUCGAGGCCGGUCACUCCGCCCAGGACGAUAAUGCCGAGGUCGCCAGACGCCUCGGGAUUAACUCGCCCAGCGUGCGCUUGGACUCUCAGGCGAAGUAUUGUUCAAUUGCACGCGGCGCCGGCGACAUUUACCUCAGAUUGCCAGUUAGGGCCGACUAUGAAGAGAAAAUCUGGGAUCACGCCGCGGGAGACUUGAUUGUUCGGGAAGCUGGAGGCGAGGUCACUGAUAUCACCGGCAACAGACUCGACUUCACCAAGGGCAGGAAAUUAUCAGCGAACAGGGGUGUGGUCGCGGCCCCGAAGUCUAUUUUCGAGCAGGUCAUCAACGCAGUCCGCGCCGUCUAUGCUGCCAAGGCAUCAAUUUAG